UUCUCCCUCAGGCGCCAUAUUGGAGGCGCUAGCUUCUCCCGCCCCGCGUCACCAAACACGUUUAUACUUUCGAUUUAAAUCACCCGUCACAAUAACAACAACCGAGUGAUUCGUUAGGAGUGCGACAACAACCCCCUCCCCCCUCCAGGCCAAGCAGCCGAGAGCCGCGUGCAACAUGUACAUGGACGGGCAGCCGCCGUUCCCGCCUCCGCCCUACGCCGGCCUCAACGAGGACGCGGCCUACGAGUUCUCAUCGGCUCAUCUGAGGCUGAGGGAACGGCUCCAGAAGACUUUGUAUUACAGAAAUGACGUCAAUCCAAGAAUGGAAGGUCUCUCUGGGCCGGUCGCUGAUAUUGCUGUGGAGCUGUUCCAGAACGCAGCACCGAACCCUAUGAGAAAGCUGCAGAGAAAGUAUGCUUUGCACGUUGCCAGGGAGGCAUGCGUAUCCCCAUGCGCCAUGAUGCUGGCCGUCGUGUACAUCGAGCGACUCAAGAGACGUAACCCCGAGUACCUCCAGAACAUCUCCUCCUCCGACCUCUUUCUCAUUUCCAUGAUGGUAGCCAGCAAGUACCUGUACGACGAGGGCGAGGAGGAGGAGGUGUUUAACGAUGAAUGGGGCACGGCCGGGAAGCUGGACACAGACACGGUCAACGCGCUGGAGAUGGCAUUCCUGCAGGCCAUUGACUGGGAUCUGUUUGUCCGUCCUCACGAUUUCUUCGGAUUGCUGAGCCGGCUGGAGGGCAGCGUGGCGUGGCAGCAGGGCACGUGGCGGGGCUGGUUCUCCUACAUGGACCUGUGUGUGCUGAUGGACCAGACCUCGCUCCGCAAGGCCCUCACGCAGCUCUACCUGCAGUUUGCCAAGGUGGCGUGUCUCUGCGGGGUCGUCUAUGUGGCAGGGCUGCUGGGAGUACUGGGCUCCACCGCUGCGCUCCACCGCGCUUUAAGCGCGAGGCAGCAGCAACAGCAGCAGCACGGAUCUUCCGGGCUUCCCGCCGCCACGGUCCCCACACUUCAUCCAGCCGUUCCGGCCCCACCGGGCGUGGCUGAGGGAGAGGCCACGGGCCUGGCGAGCCCCGCCGCACUUUCCGAACGGCAUGGCGCGGCACUCGGCUACCGGGGCCCCGCGGUGCUGCUCACUGGGCAAAGCAGGCUGCCGCGGUUGAGUCCCGCGUUGAGAGACCACCACCCUGGCACGGCGGCAGGAGGGGCAGGAGGGGGAGGAAUUGUGACCCUGCGGCGGAUGACAAACGCACCACCGCCCGGAGCGGCGGCGGUGGUGGCAGCGGUAGACUCGAGCGAUACCCCCGGCAACGCCUCUGCUGGCGGCUGGCUGGAGCUCAUGACGGCAGGGGCGGCCCUGCUCUGGCGCCGCCUUUCGGUUGUCCCCGCCGACCUGGCUCUUCCGCAAGGCGAAACCGCGGCCACCUUUGCUGCUUCGGCCAUCAUGUGCCGACCGAGGAACUCGUCCGUGGGGCUGCGGGCCGUGGCCGGCUAUGGGGCCAUGUCAGGCUUGGUGCCGGGCCGCAGCGAGGCCACAUUUCUAGGUCGCGCUCGUCCGGAUUCACCGACUGUGCGAGUUGACCAAAGCGAAGUGGUGAUGUUGCCCGCCGGCUGUUUUAUGGCAGCCAUCCACCGGCCUAACCCCCCGCACCUCCUCAAAGUGUUUUGAGUUCUAAGGCCCACAAUUGGACUACAGAAUUUGAUAGUCAUGGCUGAGAUUUUGAGUUUAGAUUUUUAGGUGCAGGGUUGGUGGCCUAAAGAGGAUGUUGGGAUGUAAAGUAAAUGUGACGGCGAUAAUGAGGUCCCGUUUGCCUUAAUACUGUUACCAAUGUAGCAAGUUCAGUGUGAUGCUGUUACGCUAGCAUAUUGAAUGGUGAUAUAAUACAUCAUUUUGAUAUUCAGUGUACAUAUGUACAGCAGAUUAAACAGACUGCAAGUUUUGUACGAGAAUGAAAGUGCAUUUCUAUUCAUCUUGUCUAAACAAUUUGGACACAUUUGUCCACGUAUUUUAUAUAUGUCCUAUGCGUUAAAUAGGGACAGUGAGUUAAACAAUAUAACGUGCAAGGUUUUUUUGUUCACCCCUCCCCCCUUUGCACUGCAUUUUGACAUACUGAGCAAGAAGGUGCUCCAAAGGCAGUGUUUUGAAUGUGCAAGUGACUGCGGGUCUCCGGGUAGUCGGCUUAUAGAUUUUUUGGCAGAUGCAGUGCGUGAUGAGUUUCACUCGCACACUUCCCCGCCUUUGACAAAUGUCCGGUGAACGCCGCUGCGACGGAGCCAGCGUCUCGCCCAGCGUACCCCACACACACUCGCCCUGUGAACAAAACAGCCGUGAGUGUGAGCUCUUUGUGAUGUAUAAGCAGGGGGGGGGGAGGGGGGCGAUGGUUUUGCCGUCAUUUGAUUUAAAGCAUCAAGUAACUCCUGUUCAGAUAGCGAGGGAAGCACAGCCAAAGGAAGUAGAUUUUUGGGUUUGUGGCACGAUCAAAUUCUCUUGGCAUUGUGUUUUAGACCCGUCUUAAGUGAUUUCUCGGUCAACAGUGCUUUGGUUUAUCGUUCAUGUAACAACGCAUAGAUUAAAACGAUCCUCAUGAUUAUGUUCGUCAAAAUAUCCGUCGAAGAAUUGUUAUUUUUGGUCUAAAGAAAUUGCUUACAGAUAAUAUGCUGAAGUACAUUGAGGCCAAUGCAGCAAUCAAGAUACCGGUGCAUGCUAGACAAUUCCAAAAGAGACGGGGGUGGAACAUUAAAACGACUUGUAAAAAUGUUACAGGGAUUACAAGACAGACAAUAAAAACAAGACACGGUACAUGCGGCGAAGUACAGUGAGACAAAUAAUACAAUCCUGAAUCGAGUCGCGACCGCAAAUUUUGACAAUUCAUGUUGCUGGUUGUGUGAAGCGAUUAGGUGCAUUUUAUUGCAGCACCUCGUGCAUUUAUGCUAUGGAUCCAAUGCAAACAGCGCCGUUAUCACCCGUUGGUCUCUUGGCCAACACCACAGUGAAGGUACUGAUUUUGCUUUGCUGUGGAAAACACGACAAUGUUGCUUCCCUUUUUACACACGGGGUAUAGCAGUAAAGUGCUGCUGCUGCUUUGCAUUACAUUGUGCAUCAUGGCAUAGCCGUAAACCCUGUGUGCUCGGUGCCUCAUGUAAGAAGCCUACUUGCACAUGUUUGUUGUUAGGCCGUGGAGUUGGUAGUGACCCUGUCCACCAAUCCCGUGGUCCCCGCUGUGCAAGCCACACAGGCAGCAGGAAAGACCUUCACCCAGGACACCGUUCCCUUUGUGGGCGAAAUAAAACCGGGGGGUUGCGACGGGUCACGGCACGGUUUUCGCAGUUUGGAUUUGGUCAAUGGAAGCGGCCACCUCUGCGAUUGCACGCCGAGGUAGUUUUCCGCAGAAGCGCGCGCAUUAUGAAGGGGAAUUUGGCCACACAAUGUGUCGGUGGGCUUGGUCACGAGCGCUAAAUAAAUGAGCGAUUUUUUUGUGUCCCGUUUCGCCCGCUGCCUGUUGAAUUGCGCCGGGGUUUUUUGGAGAGAGGAAUGGCAAUUUUUCCGUGUUGGUAAAACGUAAAGUCUGAAUGCGUUGCAACACGAAUGGUUGACCACGUUUCCCCGACCCUGUGAGCCGAGUACCAAAAUAUUCAUAAUGGCCUUCGCCUAGGUGGGUCACGUGAUGGUGAUCAUGCGGUCGGUUCACUCGCGCCCAGUGGCUGUGUGGGGGUUUUGAACGUGGAAAUCUGCGUGAGUGUCCCAGGAGUAUUUGUGUCUGGCUCCGCUUCAAGGGGUCUGGCGCCGUGGCCCACUCCUGCUUGGGCAGAUUUCUUUUUUUCCUGUUUCAAAGCUAUAUCGAUUAGUAAAUAAAUUGCAGCACGUCCUCCCAUCGAUCCGCACGCAACUGAUGAGCCACUGUUGGCUCGUCUGAUAGAAUAGAAUUGCAUGGAGACGAAGAAUGGAGGUGUGGACAUGUGGCCUGGUGAAUGAAAGGGGGCUCAGGGGAUAUGCUGGCAGUCAUUUGUGAAGUUGGCAGUGUUGAAACGUCUUGAGAUUUAUGACCGAAGGAAUGUGUACGUAACCAAAUUAUCAACCCUUUACAUCUGAUGUGAACUAGAAAACAGAACAGCAGAGUUUUUACUUAAAUACAGGAAUCCAUGUCGCUUUAUAAAGAAGUGACUUGAUCAAUUAAGAGCACAGAUGGGAUGCGUUUUUAAAACCGCGGCUGUGUCGCGUUAGUAACAGUUGUUAAUUGUCAGAAUCUCGAGUCGGGCGUGGUGGUAUGUGUGUGUGUCACCUCAACUAGCUGCUCCCAUUACCUGGUGUGCGCCGCAGGACAUUAUUUGCAUGUGGAAGACGCGUUGUACAUGGUGGCGUUAUUUUGGUGAUUGAUGAUAAUGCUAAUGACAAGUCAUCUAGCAGGGCCAUUCAUUCAUGGCAUAUAUGAGGCUAUUUGACACAUUCUCAUGGCAAUAGUUGCCUCAACCAGGUUAAGCAGUAUAGUCCAUGAGGCCAGACCAGAUAUUUCACAUGUUGGUACCACUAUUGGUGGCAUAACUUUACCGAUUCCAAUAUCCUGUCCAAUAACAGUGAAUUGUGUGAUAAACCAUUUGCAGUUAGUGACUUAGCAAAUAAUUCGCUCCUAUUAGCCAUAUAAAUAAAGUUUUGCCACCUUGGAUGGUGCAAAUUACUGCUCUGGCCCUUUGAGGAGUAGAGAUCCAGCCAUAUCCGCAAAUAAAUGAAUACUUUUGGGAGUUGGAUAUUCACCAGAAGUCUAGACAUUCAUCUCCCCCCUCCCCCAACCUGGCAAUUCGAUAAAAAAAUAUUGUGGGGAAUGUAGCGGCCACUAUUGACUGCAGGGGACACAUGAACCCAUUACAUGUUUAAUAAACGCGUAGAAAAAACGUUAUUACACGUGCGCUUGUAUGCAUCGUAGGCAUAGCAAUCGCUCGUAUACUGAAUUACUACACCUCUAUUUUGCACAUUGCGUGUAUAAGGCAAUCGGGAAAUACAUUUAAAGGGUUUCUUGAGAUGGGCCGGCUCAAGCUAGUUAUCGUUUUUGUUUCUGCAAAUCAUGGCGUUAAGUUGUAGUUCAUUCAAAAGCUUACCAAUUUUUGGGGGGCAAUUGGUGCGAUGAGAAUACUAAACUUUUUAUGCAUUCUUUUUAUCUCUCGGGAAGAGAGUUUUGUUUGUUUCUGUGGUUGUCCUUCUGGGAAACAACUGUAAAAGACCAUUUGUAAAACUGAAUUGGAAAUAUCACGACUAAUCUAUUUCCGCUGGUUUGGGUGCCCUUCGCUCAUUUCGUAGCAUUUUAUUUACAGACGCGCACUACUCGCUGGCGUGCAUGUUAUGAGUGAAGUGCAUAAAACAACGUUUUGAGGUUUUUUUUCUAAAUGAAUAACGAUCUAAAUACUCUCAUAGCAUAGCUAUGAUUGCUAUACUUGGUAAGAUGACAUGGGUGUGUGUGUUGGCUUGGACUGGGAGAUGUUAAACUUGCGGUCCGCUUAAAAAUCCCGUGAUUGACAGCACUAACAAUGUCCCAUCAGCUUGCUUUAGUUCACAUGCCGAACCGUAAUUCUGAGAGGUGUUUAAUGCGGGGCUUACGUUUUUCACAUCUAUUGAUUUAAUGCAGCCAUCAGGGGUUCACAAUAACUUCUGCUGAAUCGACGUCCUUUCUCCCAAAGAUCUGGAUAUUGCUCCGGGAAAUGUUCUGGUGUGAAAACUUUGCCCCCCUCAAGAUUAACAAUGGAUGGCUUUAGAGGUCCUAAUGCUGUUUUAAUUAAAGAUCUAUUUAGCCAAACUUGACUUCUUUCUGUAGGGAAACUCUUAAAGGUCCAGUGUGGAAGUUGUAUAAUAAGGGGGGUGGGGGGCAUAAUGCCUUAGCUCGGUAAUUGUCUUGUUCUGAAAGGAUCUCGCACAGCCCAAUAUAAUGUCUAAUAGAGUGUUGUUGCACUUGCGAGCUGCCCCUGCGGUGUCGCCCUGAACUGUUGCAUUGUCCAAAGUAAACCUGCCCCAUUCAUCGCUCCGGGCUCUAAUUCUAUUACCGGCAGUAUGAAAUGUGCUCAAGAAUGCAGAUAAUAUUGAGCGUUAGCAGUGUGUGGUGACAGCUUUAGGGAAUUAAGGGCCCACUGAUAAAAUGGGGGAGAAAAUGGUGUCUUGCUGAUUUUGAGCAGAAAAUGCUAAAAGUGUGGAGUUUUACCACGCUCUCUGUGCACCGUGGGCCGGCCGGAGCAGCGAUACCAAUUGUUGGGAAGUGUGAAAAGAGCGAGGCUGGCUUGUUGGAGCCCCGCAAACAAAAGCCAUUACAUGCCGUAAGCCUUCCCCCCGGGGUUCUGUGCCUCAAUAGCGCGAGGCGUGCAGGGAUGUAAUGACCUUUGCUGACGCGUCCCCAUAAUGGGCUGAAUUAUACACGCCUUGCAGCUGCGCGGCCCAGCCGUCACUUUCUCCGCGCGACGGGCUAUCGGAAAGUUUUGAGAAUGAGAUCCGGCGAUUUAAGCGUCGCUCAAACCCUAUAUAUGCCAAUAGCACUAACUAUUGCCGUAAUAAUUAGUAUGUUUGCCAUGCCUCUCGCGUUGCAUACGUACGCUGGGAAGCGCUGAGAAGUAUUCUGAACGUGAGAAACUUUUCGUGUAUCGAACACGAGGCACUUUAUCCAAUUUAUCUUGGUUAUGCUUGAAUUAAACUUGGCCCAGGGUUUAGUUAUUCUCGAAAGUACAUUGGUUUUUGUGGUAAAUUUACUGAAUAAUAAAAUGAAACAUCUUUAAAAAGAAAAUGUUUUUUCAUCGUUUUUCUUAUUUUAUCUUAGCCUGACCUCUGCGAAUAUACAGCGAUGCCACAAUAUAACAACACGAUAUAUAUAUAUUUUUUUUUUCCCUGGCUAAGCCUUUCUGCCAAAAAAACGUUUCAUUUCUGAGAGAAAAUACUGUUAUUUUAUUUUGGCUCACCUGUGUCUGUUUGUAAAAGCGACAUUGUUGAGUUUGCUACCAACUAAUAAAAGCAAACAUUUAUAUAUACUUGAAAAAGUUCAAUAUUUAUGAAUGCCAGUUGAGCUGCAAAUGUUGGUCGAUUAAAAUGGUGCAAAGGAAAGAAAAACAUGGGUGGAACAAAAAAAAUGUUGCGACGUUUUGGUUGGUAGAUCAUUGAUAUUGAGUGUCAUGUGCUACAGAUAUUCACCCUGCCGAUAACGAUCAGCAGGUAACUUGCACUGUCUGAGCAUCUGGGAAUUCUCGCGCUCGAGACAUCGCGGACCAAAAACAAAUAAAUAUAACGAAACGACUCCUGGAAAUGUGUAGAGGACAAACAGUGUGGUGACUUGAAUUUUUGUCAAUUUUCAACAACCCUCUGUUGAACUGAGAAAUGAAUUGGAUGUGAAAACGCAAGAUAAUACCGUUCAUUGUCUGCAAAGAGCAUUGGCGGGCAGCCAGGUUCGCAAAGGGGCCGUCACUCAAGGCGGACUUUCUGGCAGCCAGCGCUACUUCGUGUCCCACCAUCGCCACCAUCGAAGC